AUGUCCGCCUCCAAGGAAUUCACCCUGCAGGAGAUCUCCGAGCACAACACCAAGAAGGAUCUCUACCUCAUCGUCCACGACAAAGUCUACGACUGCUCCAGCUUCGUCGAUGAGCACCCUGGUGGUGAGGAGGUCCUCCUCGACGUAGCCGGCCAGGACAGCACAGAGGCCUUCGAGGACGUCGGCCACAGUGACGAGGCCCGCGAGAUCCUCGAGGGUCUCCUGGUCGGUACUGUGAAGCGCCUGCCCGGCGACCCUGCCCCCCGCGCUAAGCCUGCCCCCUCGACCUCUGCUACCACAGGUGUUGCUUCCUCGUCCAGCGGGUUCGGCAUGUACGCCGUCCUGGUUGUCUGCGCUGCCGUCGCUUACGGUGCCUACCAGUACCUCCAGGCCAAUUCUCAGCAGCAGUAG